AUGUCCCCGAUUAUCGUGAUAAUAGCCGCCUCCGAAGCGAGGCGCGCAAAUCAAAACCGAUUACUCGAGGAAGAGCGUCGUCUUCCCUGGGCAUGGUCUCGACGAUUCAUCGACGCUUUCCCAUUUCGAACAGAGAACAAAAAUGCACAAGGCCUCGAUCGAGCCAUGCCGACCGAGUUGCUCCUCGCCAUAUCCGGUUAUCUCACCAUGGUCGACCGCGCAGUCCUAUCUCUGACAAGCAGAAGGAUGUGGGCCAUUUUCGAAAAGGAUAACUUUCUACUGAGCCUACCGUCUCCUAAGAAGAUUGAGCUACCGACGUUGCUGGAGAGGGACGCCAACGAGCACAAAAAUGGCAACGUACUCUGCAGGCCCUGUCAGAUCUUCCACGACCCUCACCUGACCUCGCGCAGCAUUAUCCGCGCCAACAACAGGGACUAUAAUCGUCCGUGUCUUCAGGAACCCGCAAAUUCACAUCAGAGAUUGGUAUCUCCCUAUCUCCACGAUGCCUUUCCGUUCAACUCAUUCAAGCACGCCCAGGCUUGCAGACGUUCUGUAGAGAACCCUUAUGAUGCCAAUCAAUUGUAUCUGGUCAAGUUACCCACUUUGUAUCGCCACGACAAUGAAAAGGCAAGGGCUGAACAAACCAUGACGUGCCGUGUUUCGAAAGAAGGCGAACUGCUCGUCAAGACCGUUACAGACCUUUUCGCGGCCAAGGGUGACAUUCCUUACCUUUAUCAAGUGCUAGAACGGACCAACCUCACAAGAUGCUGCGGGCAUGUGGACUGGGAAGCGACUUAUCCAUUCAUGUUCGAGCAUAAUAUGCAGUAUCCUACCGACCCUGAUGAGUACGCGAGAUGCGGCCAACCUUUGGCACGCGAUGAUCUGAGAAGGAUACACGAUGUCUGGAAUCCGGCAGUGGAGCCACAGCACUCAUUGGGUAACGAGAGGAUGAAUGCCCGUGCCUUUUGUUACACCAACUACACACACGGAGAGGAUGUGAACGAUAUGAAGUGGGCCUCUCAUUUCAAAUAUAGAGGCUAUAUAGAGGAGGACUUCAUUCGUAGGGACUGGUGGGAAGGGUUUGAUUCAAGAUAUGCUUGGGAUGAACCGGACGAGAGUGAGAGAAAGGCAGAGACGUGGAGAGACUGUUUGUGA